GCACCGGAUCCGGACUUGUAAUUAUAAAUACAGUACUUAAAUUGGGGAACCCCAAAUGUGGACGAUCAUUCAGCGACGAUGGAUCAUCUGACCGCAACAAAGCUCGAUUACUAUGAAGACAUGUGGAAGUAUCAGUCCACGGCCACCUUACUCUCUCACUUUCAGAGUGAGGACGGCGACGGUCGACGUGCUUUAAUAUUGGACUCCACUAUCUUCCACCCACAAGGCGGUGGUCAGCCGGCCGACACUGGUUUCAUCAUCAUUUCUACCGAUUCCGACUUCAAAUUUGUCGUCCAAGACGUUCGAUCCAAAGACGGAAUAGUUUUUCACUACGGGGUUGUUGAGAAUUCUGGCGACGGAUUCGAAUCAAAACUCGAGAAAGGGAUUGGAGUUCACUUACAUGUUGAUGAAUCUCGACGCAAGCUUAAUUCAAGGCUACACUCAGCUGGGCAUUUGCUGGAUGCAUGUAUGCAAAAUGUGGGAUUAGGUCACUUGGAGCCAAGCAAGGGCCACCAUUUUCCUGAUGGGCCAUUUGUUGAAUAUAAAGGCACAGUUCCACCAAAUGAAUUGCAAACUAAACAAAAGGAGUUAGAGCUAGAAGCUAAUAAAUUAAUAUCUGUAGGCGGUAAAGUGUCUGCAGCCAUUUUACCGUAUGAAGAAGCUUCUGAGCUGUGUGGUGGCUGUCUUCCUGAUUAUAUCCCCAAGGGGAGCACUCCUCGAAUUGUGAAGUUAGGGGACAAUCCUGGUUGCCCUUGUGGGGGUACACAUAUUCCUGAUAUUUCAGAAAUCAUGAACCUGAAGGUUUCUCAAAUUCGGACAAAGAAGGGACUGACAAAAGUCUUUUACAACAUUGGAUCCUAAAGGCUAUAUCUCGAGGGGAGCUCAGAAUAAAGUGGCAGCUUCAAUUUACAAAUGGCCUGUUGAUUCUACCCGUUAGUUUCCAGUCACCAUAUGCUGUUGCAAUGUUAUAAUCUUUAUUGACAAGAAAGUCCCAACAUUAUGAAAGUACAAUAUAAAUUAUACAGAACUGUGAAAGUAUUUGAAGUA